ACCCAAGACAGACGACCUAACGCCUCCUGUGGGAAGUCGACGAUGUCGGUCAGCAACGCCCUAAGGCGCAAUACAGUCGUUCUUUUCUCGGCAGGGCGCCAGCUGAACAGCCAUCGAUGGAAGUACACAGCUCUCUCUUUCAUCUUGCUUUAUUUAUCGGUACUGUCCUGGCUGCCCAAGACGGAAACGAUAAUGACGGCAGCUACGAACACACUUCAGAGCGCAUUCGGCGGCUGCUCUUUCAAGAGAGGAACUACGACGCGACGUCCAGGCCCACGAACAACACCUCCGAGCCUACCGUCGUAAAAGCUGCCCUCAUGUUCAAGAGCAUCAUGCACGUCAGGGGUCAGAACGACUGGUUUACGGGUGUACUGUGGAUGGGCGUGUACUGGCACGAUCAUCGGUUGACUUGGAACAAGGAGGAAUACGACAACUGCCUGCACAUCCACGUUGACACGAGACAAAUAUGGUCGCCCGAAGUGGACCUUCUCAACGCGGUGAGCCACGAUCUCGACCAGUGGAAGAAUUUUUUCACCAUAGAUUCCGAUGGCACGGUUUGGACCUAUUUCUCUGCCAAGUUCAAGUUGCCCUGCCCCGUCGGUGGUGCCAAGUUCCAGACUAACGAGCAGGUCUGCACUAUUCGUGUGGCGUCGGACACGUAUGACAGUAACGAGGUGAAGCUGGUAAAAGGCGAUGUCUGGGAAGAGUUCCAGGAAGCCGGGAACACGGAGUGGGACAUCACCGAUAUUUCCUACGCCAAUCGCACGGAAUUCAACAGGUCGUUCCUGGAUGUGUCGUUCCAAUUGAGGAGGUUCUCCAAGCGCCACCGCUACGCCGUCAACGUACCCUUGGUGGCCGUGACGCUGGUGAUGCUCACUGCCUUCUGGAUGCCUCCAGGUUCAGACCGUAGGCUUACGCUCGCCGGCCUGAACUUCCUGGUGGUCGCGGUAAUGCUAGAGAGGAUGACGACGUCCUUCGGACCGCCGGUGGCCACGUCGAACAUAUUGCUCUUCCUGGGUAUGGCGGCGGUCAUGCAAGUGUUCACUGCAGCCGGCAACAUUUUCGUUCUGAACCUGCUGUCUUCUAGGACAGGAGUCAGAGUUCCGGACUUCCUUCAUCGCGCCCUGUCUGGAACAGCCGGAACUGUUCUUUGCCUAAGCAACCACGAGCAAGAGACGCCUUCGCGACCACGAGAUACGCUACACCCGCUGACAUUCGACGACAGCCGGGAUCGAAGGAGGCGCUGGCUUCUUUUGGCAGAAGCUGUUGACCGGCUGCUGUUCAUCGUGUUCGGAUUCACGGCUAUCGGUCUCUUGGCCUGAGCCAUCAGUUUGUUCACAAGAGAGAAGCUACAUCGGCUCUGGAAACUUGAGCCCAUAUGACCGCUAGUAAAUCUUAUUGGUGAGCCACUCGCUAA